AACAGGAAGUGGGAGCUUUCCCAGCAUGCAGCAGGACGCGCCAGUUUUGAGUCUGUUGUGGAUUUACAAAUCCCCGAGACCUUAGACCUGCGACCUCAGUCCGGUCCACAUGAACAUGUCGGUUUGAUUAAACUCCGUGUUCCUCACACUCGUCGCUGCAGCAGGAGGUCUGGCUGUGUUGUAGCAGUGGUUGGAGGAUGAGCAGCCCAGGGCCGAGCAGCGGCACAAACAAACCUGCUGAACUCUUUGAAGAGUUAUGGAGGCAGCUUGGAGAGUGCCACCAGAACGCACUGCAAGAACUGGAGGUAAAAGUGAGCAAGUUGAAGAAGGAACGCUGUUUAGAUGCUCAGAGGCUCGAGGUGUUUUACAACCGCAACCAGCAGCUGAAGGAGCAAAACAAAAGCCUGCAGGAUACCAUCAGUGUGUUGGAGGAGAGGCUCCGAGCGGGAGAAUGUGAUCAAUGUGCCAUCAUAGAGGAGAACCAGAAAAACAACCAGGACCAAAAUCUGCGCCUCAUCGCCGAACUGAAGAAUGAAAGAAACAGCCUGGAGGAUGAGAACAGAAAACUACAGGCUGAGCUGCAAAGAUUAAAGAUGUCUCGCUCAGAGCCCCAGCAGGCCUCACCCUCAGACCAGGACGAAGGCAUCAUCCCAGACUCUCCGGUCCUGUCCAGCUCGCUGCCUGCGGCUAACAAACUGAAGAAACGUAAAAACCUGGAUAAAAUCAGACAUAUCCGCUAUGCAGAGCUGCCUCUACCACAGUGUAACAACUCACUCUUCAGCGAGCUGAAUAAGGAGCCUAGAAGAGCAGAAGUGCUGGUACCGAACACAUGUGAACUGGACUCAUCCCAAACCUCAAACGAUGUAAAUCAUGAUGUGGAGGAGGUGAUCGCAGAAACCUGUGGCCUUGAACUUGUUAACAAGCAUCACUUAGUCCAGAAAACUACAACUACUGCAGGGCAACGAUGUUUAAAUCCAGACUUGACUACAGAAAGGUCCCCGUCUCUUCUCCCCCGAAUGAAGAGGUUUCCAGAAGAUGACUUCAGUAACAACGCAAAACGAAAGAAGGACAGUGAGCCACAGGAGCAAGAGGGCAACAAACACAGCAGCCAGGAGGGGGUGGACACACAGAAGGAAGUAAAACACACACAACCUCAACCGAUCAAACGGACCUCCAGCUUCAUGAAGCAGGUUCAGUCAGCACAAAGUGGGACCUCAAGUCAAAGGCUAAGUGCUUCCUGUGCAAGUCCUGCUUCCAAGAAGCUGAAGGACAAAGUUAAAGGAGAAGGGGACCAUGCUGGGCAGAAAAGCAACCCUCUGCAGGAUCUGAAUGCGUCACAGGACCAACAUGAAACAGAGGACGCUGGGAGGAAGCACAGAACGGAGCCCAUGUGGAGCAUUGACCCUGCACUCGUCCUGUCCAUGUACGACAGCGAGCAGAGAGGAGACCAGGAAGAAGAAGAAGAAGAAGAACCGUGUCAUGGAGAGCUGGCAGAUACCGACUGCACCUGGGUCAGUCACAGUUUACUCCAGGCUCGGGGAGAAAAUGGCUGCAGCAGAAGGGACAAUGUGUCUGGACUCGGCGUAAAGGCAAAUGACAGUUUGGACAUGAUGUUUGACACCACAGCUUAUGGAGAGUACAACUCUUACAACAAUUCACACAUAGGCCAGAGCCAGCCCUGUGAUGAUGAUGAUGAUGAUGAAGAAGAAGAAGAAAAAGAAGAGGAGGAGGAGGAGGAAGAAGAGGACAGUGAACAAGAUCGUCCUGGAAGCACUUCAGGUCCAAGAAAAGCACAACAUCCAACAUUUGCACAUGUGGCCAUCAUUCGCAAGAAAGACGAGAGAAGAAAACUGAAGGGCACGACCUGUAAGGAAUGUGAAACAUAUUACGCCCACCUCCCAGAAGAGGAGAAACAGAAGAAGCUGUCCUCAUGCUCAAGGCACAGAUUUCUUUACAUUCCUCCCUGUACCCCUGAAAACUUCUGGGAGGUUGGAUUCCCAUCAACACAAACCUGCAUCGAAAGAGGUUAUAUCAGAGAGGAGAAGAAUCCUCAGGUACGUUUACGGAGAAGACAACCGCUCACUGCUUUAUUUUCCCCGAAACCUGAGGAGAACUGAGGGAGUCUGUCUCUGGCUGUUUUAAUCUGUCCAGUUUAAAGUUCAUCAUUUUAACGUGUGUGUGUGUGUGUGUGUGUGUGUGUAUGUGCAGACUGUGAAGGUUUUUUGUAGAUACUGAGUAAAAAUAAAUAAAAGUUAACUUGA